CUCUCUUUUCUCCCUCUCAGAACCUUCCUGCCUCUGCGUUCGGACCUCGCUCCUCCAGCCUCUGGGACACGUCCCAUCCUUCCAGCCUGCGAUUAGCAGUAUAGAAAAAAAAAAAUUCCAUAUCAUUUUCUUGCCCCGUACACACCUUGAGGCGAGCAAAAGAAUUGAAAAUAAAUUUUAACAAUGAGGGAAAUCGUGCACAUCCAGGCCGGUCAGUGUGGCAACCAGAUCGGUGCCAAGUUCUGGGAGGUAAUCAGUGAUGAGCACGGCAUCGACCCCACCGGAACCUACCACGGUGACAGCGACCUGCAGCUGGAUCGCAUCUCCGUGUACUACAAUGAAGCUACAGGUGGCAAAUACGUUCCUCGUGCUAUCUUGGUGGAUCUAGAACCCGGGACCAUGGACUCUGUUCGCUCAGGUCCUUUUGGGCAGAUAUUCAGACCAGACAACUUUGUUUUCGGUCAGUCCGGGGCAGGCAACAACUGGGCCAAGGGCCACUAUACAGAGGGGGCUGAGCUGGUUGACUCAGUCCUGGAUGUGGUGAGGAAGGAGGCUGAGAGCUGUGACUGCCUGCAGGGCUUCCAGCUGACCCACUCGCUGGGUGGGGGCACAGGCUCUGGAAUGGGCACCUUGCUCAUCAGCAAGAUCCGAGAAGAGUAUCCGGACCGCAUCAUGAACACCUUCAGUGUGGUACCCUCACCCAAAGUGUCUGACACGGUGGUCGAGCCCUACAAUGCUACCCUCUCCGUCCAUCAGCUGGUAGAGAACACGGAUGAGACCUACUGCAUUGACAAUGAGGCCCUGUACGACAUCUGCUUCCGCACUCUCAAGCUGACCACGCCAACCUACGGGGAUCUGAACCACCUCGUCUCAGCCACCAUGAGCGGUGUCACCACCUGCCUCCGCUUCCCUGGUCAGCUCAAUGCUGACCUCCGCAAGCUAGCCGUCAACAUGGUGCCCUUCCCACGGCUCCACUUCUUCAUGCCCGGCUUCGCACCUCUGACCAGCCGCGGCAGCCAGCAGUAUCGGGCCCUCACUGUGCCCGAGCUCACCCAGCAGGUCUUUGAUGCCAAGAACAUGAUGGCCGCCUGUGACCCCCGCCAUGGCCGUUACCUCACCGUGGCUGCUGUCUUCCGUGGGCGGAUGUCCAUGAAGGAGGUAGAUGAGCAGAUGCUCAACGUGCAAAACAAGAAUAGCAGCUACUUCGUGGAAUGGAUCCCCAACAACGUCAAGACAGCAGUCUGCGAUAUCCCACCUCGUGGCCUCAAGAUGGCAGUCACCUUCAUCGGCAACAGCACGGCCAUCCAGGAGCUGUUCAAGCGCAUCUCGGAGCAGUUCACGGCCAUGUUCCGGCGCAAGGCCUUCCUCCACUGGUACACAGGUGAGGGCAUGGACGAGAUGGAGUUCACUGAAGCUGAGAGCAACAUGAACGACCUGGUCUCCGAGUACCAGCAGUACCAGGAUGCCACCGCAGAAGAAGAGGAGGAUUUCGGUGAGGAGGCCGAAGAGGAGGCCUAAGGCAGAGCACCAUCACCUCAGGCUUCUCCGUUCCCUCAGCCUUCUUCCUCAGCUGCCCCUGUCCUCUCCCUCAGAAUUGCAUUUUCUGCCUCUGUCUCAUUUUAUUUUGUUUUGUUUUCCUUUUUUGGAGGGGGGAUCCUAGAACAGUGCCUGGCACAUAAUAGGCGCUCAAUAAAUAUUUGUUGUUUGUUGAA